AUGACCUCCCUGAUGACUGAUGCUGACGAUAUGACCACACAUAGUGUUCUUACAGAUACAGAUGAUCUGUCCACAAACAGAAGUGUCCUCACAGAUACAGAUGAUCUGUCCACACACAGAAGUGUCCUCACAGACACUGACGAUCUGGCCACACAGGAUAUCAUUACCAUAGCCUCUGACCUGCAGAAACUAUUGGUCCACCAUGAUCGGUCCCUCCAACAGAUCGUCCUCAUAGACAGAUAUAUAGCCAGACUGACCAGGCAGGCUCUUGUCUACCUCGAACAGAAACGUAAAGGCCAGGCUCUGAGGAUCCUCACACACAGGGCAAUAGCCAAUGGAAUCAAGUUCCUGUAUCGCCUCUACCGUCUACGCAAGUGGCAGCAAGUACAGCAAGUUGUGACGACCAUAAUGUAUACCCUAGGACAGGAGGCUCCAUCUCUCCCAACACCAUCAGACUACCCAAGUCUCUCUGACCCGGAGACUGACCAGACCACAGGUAUCUCAAAAACACUCAGUGUUGUCCACAGUGUCCAUUACAGGUAUGAUUAGUGUUUCCAUAGCAACCACUACAGGGAGGAUAAGUGUUGCUCUUAGCAACCAAUA